CCUAGAUGAACACUGUACAGUUGGCCUUGUGACUGUACAUCAUUCCCUUCAAAUGCUAUUGAAGUUAGAAACGUGCAAACCAGUUACUAGAAGUUUUGGCACUGCGUGCAGGUGCCAAGUCCUGCUGGAAAAGGAAAUCAGCACCUCCAUAAAGCUUGUCAGCAGAUGGAAGCAUGAAGUGCUCUAAAAUCUCCUGGUAGACGUUGCAUCGACUCUCAACUUGAGAAAACACAGCGGACCGACACCAGCAGAUGCCAUGGCACCUCAAAUCAUCACUGACUGUGGAAACUUCACACUGGACUUCAAGCAACUGGGAUUCUGUGCCUCUCCACUCUUCCUCCAGACUCUGGAACCUUGAUUUCCAAAUGAAAUGCAACAUUUACUUUCAUCUGAAAAGAGAACUGAGCAGCGGUCCAGUUCUCUUUCUCCUUAGCCCAGAUCCAUGACUGUGGGUGAGGAAAGUGAAACCGUGGGCACCCCGCUCCCUCUUCCUGUCCACUUCUCCCACGCUGAGCAGUCUUUCUCCCUGAAGAAGCGUCAUCUCCUGUUCUCCUCGUCCUCUCGCUCCUCAUCGUCCACCUCCCCCUCUCACCUGCUCCCUCCUCGGCCUCCGUCCAAAGGCUGCCCCCCCCUGAGCCGGGUCUUCCCUCAGCGCCGGUCCCGUUGGGCGCCUCUGUCUCAGGCUCUGAUCGAAAACCCGCCGCCGCUUUCCAUCUAUGACCCGUCCAAGCCUCAGUCCUUCUUCAACCAGUGCUUCGUCAACCUCGGCCUUGUCGGGCACGGUUCAUUCGGAGAGGUUUACAAGGUGCGGAGUGUUGUGGACGGGCGCGAGUAUGCAGUGAAGCGUUCGGCGCAGCGUUUCCGCAGCGACGCGGAGCGAGCGUGCUGCGUUCGCGAGGCUCUGAAUCACGAGCGUCUCCGUCCUCAUCCUCACGUGCUGGGCUUUUACGCCGCCUGGGAGGAGGCCGAGCGGCUCUACAUCCAGACUGAGCUCUGCUGCACGAGUCUGCUGCUGCACGCCGAAACGCAGCCCGCAACCGCAGGUGAGCAGCGUGCAUGGGAUUACCUGUGCGACCUGCUGUUCGCUCUGGGUCACCUACACUCGCAAGGGUUCGCCCAUCUCGACCUCAAACCGGCCAAUGUGUUCCUCACCCGCUCCGGCCGACUCAAACUAGGGGACUUCGGUCUGCUGCUGGAGCUGGAGCAAGGGACGGAAAACGAGCGAGUGGCGGCGCGAGGGACGAAGGAGAAACACGAUGCACAGGAAGGAGAUCCGCGCUACAUGGCUCCUGAACUGCUCAGGGGAGACUACGGAGCUGCGGCGGACAUCUUCAGCCUGGGCGUGUCCAUCCUGGAGCUGGCGUGUAGUAUAGAGGUUCCUAAAGGAGGCGAGGGGUGGCAGCAGCUCAGAAAGGGACUUUUACCGUCAGAAUUCACUAACGCCCUGUCCCUGGAGCUGCAGCAUGUAAUCAGGCUGAUGUUAGUUUCAGAUCCCAGAGACAGAGCGACAGCAGAGCAGCUCCUGUCUCUGCCUUCCGUCCGCAAACGGGGGUGGAGACGCCGACUGCGCCUCCGUCUCCGAGAGAGCUGGCUGUGUGUACUCGCCCUCGGCCAGUCCCUCUUCUGUGCACUCUUUGGCCUGCUCUCGACUCUAAAUCUUCCCCUGAUCUCUCGCCAUGACCCCCCGGCACCCCGUACACCUCCUCGGGAACCCUGGGACGUCGACGGCGACCUCAGCGCCCUACAGCGCAGCAGCGCACUCUCCGACUCGGCCAGCGACGACCCGGUGUUUGUACCAGGACCACUGGUGUUGGAACACUCCCCUUCUUCAUUCACACACAGACUCCAGGCCAGAUUCUCAGUGGGAAGCACUUCGACGCCCGCACACACCCCCUCAGACACCUCACACACACGCUCGCCCCGUCUCAGUCCGAUCCGCUCGAGUUCCGCGAAACACUCCGAGCGCAGCUUCGAGCCCAAAAACCUGAUCACGCUCUUCGAUGAAGCUUCUCUAGAGAGUGAGCUGUAACGAGACAACGCGUCAUGUUUAUUCCUGCAAACGUUCUGAAAAUUUUCGUAAAGCCUUCAUACGUUUUCAUCUUUCAUUUUCUGUGUUUUUUUAAGAGACUCUGUAUUAUAUUAUAUUAUUACAUGUCGAGAAUGGUGCAGUGCUUUCUAAUGUUGCUGGGUUAUUUUUUUUUAAACUCUGUAAAUGAUCGUCCCUUCUUUUUUUUGUGAUGAUCGCAUUAACCCGUGUACAUCGUUUGUUGAUGAAGCUGUCGACGACUAAAGAUCGAUUUGUGUUCA